AUGUCCCCUCCCUUUGCCAGCAUGCACCACACCCUCUACGACCACCAGAACCCCCUAUCUCUGGACACAAAGCAUCAGCACGCGUCACAUGCCUUCUUCGACGACGCCUCGCGCGGUCACGGCUUAGACGACAGCAGCAUGCUGGAUCACAGCUGCGGCGGCCCGGACUCGAGCCUGGACAUGUCCCCCAACCUGGUGGCCAGCAGCAGGAGGGAGUCCCUCGCCCUGGGCGGCACCCCCAUCUUCGAGGCCGAGGACUGGCACUCGGUAGACAUGCAGUCCAUGCCUUCGAAUAACCCCUUCUUUGCCGCCACCGCCGUCGCCACAAACCCCUUCAUGAAUGUCCACCAACACCACCACCAGUCCCACGCCACCGGUGCCGCCGUCUCGUACGGCGACGCUGCGGCCGCCUGGGCCUUUCCCAACCUCGAAGUCGGCGCGGGCGGUGACUUUGACGCCUCUUCUGUCCUGAGGUCUUCCAUGCCCAUCAGCAUGGGUCCCGGCAACAGCAUGUUUUCCAUGUCACAAGAACAGCAGCAGCAGCAGCAGCAGCAGCAUCAGCACCAGCAGCAUCAGCACCAGCAGCAUCAGCACCAGCAGCAGCAGCAGCACCAGAACCAGCACCAGCACCAGCAGCAGCGCAGGCCAUCGUCACCUUCCAUGACCAUUGUCGAUCCUGUCGUGGUGGAGAGCAGCGGAAAUGUUGGAGGAGGGUCGAAGCUGCCGUCGUCGUCAUCGUCCCGUCAGCACAACCCGCCCAGCCCCGCCAUUCGCGCUCACCGAGACGGCAUCCGGAAGAAGAAUGCCAGGUUCGACAUACCGCCCGAGCGCACCCUCAACAACAUCGACCAGCUCAUCAGCGAGGCCAAGACGGACAAGGACAUGCGCGACCUCAAGGCGCAGAAGCGGCUGCUGCGCAACCGCCAGGCCGCCCUCGACUCCCGCCAGCGCAAGAAGCAGCACACUGAGCGCCUCGAGGACGAGAAGAAGCAGUUCACCGCCCUCAUCGGCGAGAUGGAGGAGGAGAUGAACGAGCUGCGCAGCCAGAUGGAGCUCAUGUUCCGCGAGAAGCAGGAGUACGCCGAGUGCAUCAACCGGCUCACCGCCGCCCGGGACGACAUGAUCGUCGCCCACACCAACGAGACGGGCGAGCUCAGGAAGAAGAUCGCCGUCCUGUCCGACCACGUCCGCCGCCUCGAGCCCGGCGCCGGCGCUCCUGCCCAGGUCGGCGGCAGCAGCAGCAGCAGCGACUGCGCCGGUGCCGACUUCGCCGGCAUGUACUCGGCCGGAAGCCAGAUGGACGACGACAUGACCAUCGGCGGACCCUGGGAUCACCACCACGCCGGCACCGUCUUCUACCAGCCGACCGCCGACGCGCAGCCGGACGAGGUGGUCGAGGACAUCAAGCAGGAGACACCCUCCCAGAUGUCCGUGGUGCCGACCAAGAAGACGGACGGCGCCGCCGCCGACGUCAAGACCCCGCCCAACGGCGGCCUCCUCUUCAUGCUCUUCCUGGUCGGCGCCUUCGUCCUCUCCAGCCGAUCGACGCCUUCCAUCCCCCGCGUAUCCGAGGAUGUCCGCGCCGCGUCGGAGUCCCUGCUCGACAGGGUCCUCAAGGAUGCCGGCAUCCAGCAGCCGCAGCUUCAGCAGCCGCAGCAGCCGCAGGGUCAGGCUCACGUCAUGUCCAUGGCUGCCUCCCAGCCUUCCGGCACGGUCGGCUGGUCCUCGGCCUCGUCCUCCGGCCCGGCCAUGCCGUCCAUGUCGGCGUCGGCAGGUGCCGGCGUCGACACGGUGACCCCCUCCAUGCUCGGAGAGCUGGGUGACAGCCUCACCCGCCCCACCCAGGAGCAGAGCAACGAGCAGAUCUUCUCCCUCACGGAGGCGCAGUACAACGGCAUGCACAGCCAGGACUUCUUCCAGCAGGAUCAGCGCUACCAGGCUCAGGCCCAGGCUCAGGCCCAGGCUCAGGUUCAGAAUCAGGGAGGAGGCAGCGCCGGCCGAAAGACCACCCUGGCCGACGCGCUCUCCGCCAUGCGCGUCACCGAGAAGCAGGACAGCGCCGCUCAGGUGUAUACCCGCUCCUUGCUGUGGGAUCAGAUCCCCGGCGAUGUCGUGAGGAACUUUGCCAAGAUGGUUUCUGAGUGUAAUAGUGCGCAGUGA